UUUGGCUCAGUGUCUUCCUGAACUUUUCAAGCUUUGGUAACUUUCUCAGUGGAUUUUUAAACAAAACAAAGAUGGGGGCUUGUUUGGCGCUGGGUUCCCUCGCGAGUUGUGCGUCCUGUCUGUGCGGCUCGGCCUCCUGCUUGCUGUCAUCAUGCUGCCCGUCAACGUACAACUCCACCAUGAGUAAGCUGUCUUUCUCCUUCCUGCUGCUGCUGGGGACCUUGGUGUCUAUCAUUAUGAUCCUGCCCGGCAUGGAAGAACAUCUUAAAAAGAUUCCACAUUUCUGUACGGACGGUUCCUUUAUAUCUGGUUCUGUGAACUGUGAUGUCAUUGUGGGCUACAAAUCGGUCUACCGUAUGUGCUUUGCCAUGGCCUGCUUCUUCUUCCUCUUCUCCAUCAUCAUGAUCCGAGUGCGCAGCAGCAAGGACCCCCGGGCCGCUAUCCAAAAUGGUUUCUGGUUUUUCAAAUUCCUGGUGCUGGUUGGGAUAACUGUGGGAGCCUUCUUCAUUCCAGAUGGCAUAUUUACUACAGUGUGGUAUUACUUUGGUGUGGUGGGCUCUUUCAUCUUCAUCCUCAUCCAGCUCAUCCUGCUGGUGGACUUUGCCCACUCCUGGAACCAGUCAUGGCUGGAGAAAGCAGAGGAAGGAAACAGCAAGUGCUGGUUUGGAGCUCUGCUGUUCGUCACCAUCAUCAACUUUGCCAUGGCGUUCACGGCUGUUGUUCUCUUCUACAUAUUUUACACCAAACCUGAUGACUGCACGGAGCACAAGGUCUUCAUCAGCCUCAACUUCCUGUUCUGCAUCGCUGUGUCCAUCGUGGCUGUUCUGCCUAAAGUUCAGGAAGCUCAGCCCAGCUCAGGUCUGCUGCAGGCCUCCAUCAUCUCUCUCUACACCAUGUAUGUCACCUGGUCAGCCAUGACCAACAACCCAAACAAGCAGUGUAACCCCAGCCUGCUGAGUCUGGUCCAGCCAAACAGCGGCAGUACAACCCCCCCUCCAGGACCAGGUCCUACCCCAGCCCCUGGAAGCGUCCAGUGGUGGGACGCACAGGGCAUUGUGGGAUUGAUCAUCUUCUUGUUCUGCACUCUUUACGCUAGUAUCCGCUCCUCCAACAACUCCCAGGUAAACAAGCUGAUGCAGACAGAGGAGGGUCAGGGUCUGACUGCCAACAUUGAACCUGAGACAGGGGAGGACGGGGUCAGACGAGCUGUGGACAACGAAGAGGAUGGAGUAACCUACAGCUACUCCUUCUUCCACUUCAGCCUGUGUUUGGCCUCGCUCUACAUCAUGAUGACUCUCACCAACUGGUACAAGCCUAACACUGACUACAAAGCCAUGCAGAGCACUAUGCCAGCCGUGUGGGUGAAGAUAUGCUCCAGCUGGCUCGGCCUGGGGCUCUACCUGUGGACACUGGUGGCCCCACUGGUGCUCCCUGACAGAGACUUCAGCUAGAAAUCUGACAUCUGAUCACUAACCUCUUGCUAUUUGCACCUUGAGAAAAUAUAGCUUACGCUUCAAAUGGAUGGUUAGUUUAGUUUGCGUCCAGUUCCACUUUUUAAAAAUUGAAAUAUUGAUACUGUUAAACUUCAAAUAAAAGCCCAUUUUUAUUUGACAGCCAGUCCUGUUGGUAGCCUGGUGUUGCUGUUUGAGUCAAGUCACUACACUUCUGCGUAUGGUUCAAGGAAAUAUAAAAGUCUAGUCAAAGGCAAGUCUAAAAAUAAAGAGUAGAAAAAGAAGCAAGACUCCUGUAUCGAUACCUGCCCCAAUUAAAAGCGGGGUCAUUUCAUACGUUGACAAAUCCUGGGCUAUUAAUUGAGGUUUUACAGUAUCGUGUGUUUUUGACCUGAAGCCAUUGAAAAUAUUGUAUACACUUGAUUUUGUGAUUGGAGCUGAAUUUUUUAGAUUUGAAUGAAGAUAGAUUUAUUGAUUUGAGCUUUAACUACAUUCUAUAGCUUUGCAAACUCAGGUUACUUCAUUGAUACUUUGCAUUAACAUCCAUUUUGGCAUUCAGAUACCAAGCUGCGUGCGCCCAUCCUAUGCAUUGACUAUAUAUCUUUAAUGACAGAACAUCCAUCCAUCCAUCCAUCCAUCCAUACUUUGCAUUAAGGAGUACUACUUGGUAUAUGAAUGCCCAAAACAAAUGUUAGUUCAUGUCUUUCAUGGUAUAAACUUGUGUUUUUGUUUUUGUCUUUCUUCUCUGUUCUGUUACAAAUAAGCACUUCACACCAGGACCAAAUUAUUUUAAACAAAUAAUUCCUUUGUGGGAUUAUUUCACAUGCUUUUGUUAUCUUUUUUUCAUUUCCUUCACACUAGUUGAAGCAUUUAAGUGUUUGAAAUUUACUUUUUUAUGCACCACUUUUUUGUAGUCCCAAGUUUUUAUUUCAAAAGUGCCUUUUUAAUCAUAUUUUGCUGUUCCAAGGGAUCCUGGAUAUCUUUAAACAUUUAUAUGAGUCGCUGUUGUUUGAAGUUUUUUUCUCAAUACACUCAGUUUGUAUAUUUUCAUUACAAUCAAUAAAGAUGAUAUUCAGAUUCA